AUGAGCGCAGCUGUGUUGCCGUUUUAAUCAGGUCAGAGAAGGCGUCUCUACCAGGGUGACUUUUGACCUGCCUCUGUUAUGUCAAUUGUGUGUAAGGCCCUGGUGUAGUUACUGUGUUAAAAUGCAAUGAUUCAAUUACUCCAUUACUUAGAUACCCUCUAAGUGACGCUACUGUUGUCCACCUCCCCGUGAUUGAAUUGUUUACCCACAGUAAACAUGGCGGGAAGAGCUUCGAUCCGACCCUUGAACACUCAAUAAAAAUGGCGACAGCACUUCCUGUGCUUGCCCUCAACAAAGAUGGUGUCAACACUUCCUGUUUAGGGUUUUCGCCUUUAACAAAGAUGGUGCUUAUGGGGCAGGUUCCCUAACAGUCAGGAUUCCGGUUGCAGUUUUUCUCCCCCGCCCCAAAGAUACGUGGUUGCAGACGUAAGUAACAGGAAUCCAUUUUUUCUUGAAAGUCCUGCAUUGUAGCGUCUGCGACCUGGGCCCUGCGGGGGCUUCCCCGCCCCACUAACUUGGUCUGCAUUUCCGAUCCGGGCCAAGGCUGGGUGGCUGCGGUAGUGCCGGAGGCCCGCUCUCCCCUUGGUCCGCUCUUAAGUUCAUUCCCAGCACUCCCUCUUUAGCGGGUCAAAUUGCGGGAGAAACCGCCCGUAGUCUUCCUGUUUGAUACAAGGAUUUCAGCGGCCGAGGCAGAGAUUUUUUAAAAAGUUCCCAAUGGGCGCUCACAGCCAAAUGUGAACACCUCCCCCUCCUCACCUGUCAGCUCCUAAACUUUGCAGGGUUGCGAGGGGGAAUGUGGGAUCGGGUGUCGCCCAGCCGUGGUCGUACUGCCCGGGUGUAUCUGAAGCCGCAUCUGUCAUCCCUACCUGCCUUCCCGGUCACUUGACCUUCACUGCCUUACACACAACCAAGCCACAGCACACGGGUGCAGGGGUGGUGGAAGUGCACCUUCAAAUUGUGCCUGGCUACUGACCGGCGCUGGGGGAGAAAUGGAGGCCAGAGACAAGCAAGUACUCCGCUCACUUCGCCUGGAGCUGGGUGCAGAGGUAUUGGUGGAGGGACUGGUUCUUCAGUACCUCUACCAGGAAGGAGUCUUGACGGAAAACCAUGUUCAAGAAAUCAAUGCUCAAACCACAGGCCUCCGGAAAACAAUGCUCCUGCUGGAUAUCCUACCUUCCAGGGGCCCUAAAGCAUUCGAUACAUUCCUAGAUUCCCUACAGGAGUUUCCCUGGGUCAGGGAGAAGCUGAAGAAGGCAAGGAAAGAGGCCAUGACCGACCUGCCUGCAGGUGACAGAUUGACUGGAAUCCCCUCGCACAUCCUCAACAGCUCCCCAUCAGACCGGCAGAUUAACCGGCUGGCCCAGAGGCUGGGCCCUGAGUGGGAGCCCGUGGUGCUGUCUCUGGGACUGUCCCAGACAGAUAUCUACCGCUGUAAGGCCAACCACCCCCACAACGUGCAGUCGCAGGUGGUGGAGGCCUUGGUCCGUUGGCGGCAGCGCUUCGGGAAGCAGGCCACCUUCCAGAGCCUGCACAACGGGCUGCGGGCCGUGGAGGUGGACCCCUCGCUGCUACUGCACAUGUUGGAGUGACGGUGCCUCCACCAACCGCUGGGGAGUGAGUCCCUGAGUCAUGUGGCUGAAUCCUGACUUUCACUCAGAGCAGGUGGUGUUUUGUGUAGGUUUGUUUUUUAUUUUUAAUGAUCCUCAGAUGGAAGGAGAAAACAAGGUUUCCACUAGACGUUAUUUGAAAGGCCAGAUUACUCAGCAGAUCUCUCACGGUGGCUCAACAAUUCUUUGUUUUUAAUUGCUUGAAGAUUGCAUUGUUGUAAUUGUUCAGUUUUUAGAUGUGUAAUGGCAUUUUAAUAGACUAUUAAAUCACAGUGGUUCAAAAAUAUAUAUAUAUAUAUCAUGUCAUCACAUUACAAGCAGGUAUCUCAUAUGUAAAACAUUUACCUGAAUGUUGUCUGAGGACUGAACUGUGGACUUUACUAUUCAUAAUGAUAAAAUAAUAAAAUGUGAAUUACUACAUAUCAUGUGCCUCA